AUGUGGUAUUUAUUGGCGUUUGUCGCGGCAGUGGCAGUUGCGACGCCUACUGGAAAAACAGUUCAAUCUGACCUUCAAUCGGUGGAGAAUGAGCAGAAGCUCUUGCUUCAUGACCUGCAACAUUCCCGGGCUGCCGCUGCUGAGUUGAAGGACAAGCUUGACAAACUUCAGCAAUCUAAGAGCGGGGGAAAUCGCACUCUGAAUGUUUCAAACGUGGUGGUCGAGAGUGGUGAUAAACCGGAAGAAUCACGUAAAGGCGCUACGAAUUACACGGCGCCUAUCAUUGUACUGCUUCCUGAAGCACCAUCUGAUAGGGAGAAGUGGGAGUAUGCUCUUACCCUGCGUUGCCUAGGUCAACCCAAUUUUAGUCCUUUUGAGCGUAUCCACAAUGUGAAAAUGCUUGAGAUGGCUACGAUCAAGGGUCGUACCGUUGCAGAGAUAAAACGCGAGAUAAGUCAAACUGAAAAGGAGCUGCAGCAGACCCGUGAUGAGCUCUCGAAGUUGGAAUCUACAUUGUCUACACUGAAGGAUGACAGUUAUAAUGAUCGCACUAAGAAGCUUCACGUAUCGCACAACAUCAAACUUGUGAAGCACGAGAUCGACGUCUUGGAAACCAAACUGGGACGGUUACAGAAGCGUCUAAAGGCAGCAGUUCUAUUUGGCAAGGGCAGCUCCGGUAAAGGGUCACAAAAUGACGAUGAGGGUACGGUGGACGAGGAAGGUGGAGAGGACAUGGAAAACGGCGAUGUGGAAGAACCAGAGCUGGACAACGAAGAUAUUGAAGAAUCCGAGGAGUAA